GAAAUGUUAAUAUUUGGAAUAAUCCUCAUCUCAGUUGAACUAACUUUAGGAAAACUGGUGGUUAUAGGUCCACAAGAAUUAAAAUAAGAAUUGGAUCAAAGGAGUGGAGAUAUAAAAUACACCAUAGCUAACUUUGGGUAAGUGUUAAAUAUACAGAACAAUAUAGAAAUAUACCUUGGGGUCGUAGAUUAAGUGGGACUCUUGAGAUUGCAGAUCCUUUAGAUGCUUGCACAGAAAUUAAUUAGACUGUGAAGAGCCACUUUGUACUAAUAAAAAGAGGAGAUUGCUCUUUCGUGAAAAAAGUUAGACAUGCAUAAAAUGCAGGAUAUUAAUUAGCAAUAGUAGAGAACAAUAAGGAUGAAAUAAAUGGUACCGUAACUAUGUUUGAUGACGGGACAGGAUAUGGAGUAUUUGUUACAAUAAAAUAUAGUUAUAAAUCCCCAGCAUUUUUAUAUCGAAAUCAGAUGGAGAGCUUCUAACAAAAUAUUUGAGGAUGCCAAAAACAAACUUUGAGACAGAAUAAAUUCAAUUACUCAUUAAAUUUGAUGUUCGUUAAAGAGAUAACGUAACUACUUUGUUUGCCUUGAAUAUAACAUCUGAAGAAACAUAUAAAUUUUUGAGAGAGUAUUAACCUUAUUAUCAAAAAUUGAAAGAUGAAAAAGGUAAUUGUUUCUGGUAAUAUUGUUUUAUUAGUUUCAUACAUUAUAUUGUACCCAUUGUAUCAGAUAAUUAAAACUCCAGAUAAACCAAUUGAGUAUUAAAAUUGCAUAUCUUAUGGUAAGUACUGUGCACGAGAUCCUGAUGGAUCAGGAAUAGCAACAGGCAGGAUGGUAGUGGAAGAGGCACUUAGAUAACUAUGUAUCUUUUAACAAGGUUUUGACAAAUGGUUGGCUUAUAUGGUACAUAGUAAUCAAAAUUUAGAUAUCCUUCAGAGAUAACUGCACAUCAGCAUAAUAAUAUGAAAGUUGUUCGCCUGGAAUCUAAGAAGAAGUCGGAAUCAAUUAUUAAAAGGUAGAAAAAUGUAUAAGAGAUUAAUCAGAAAGUCAUUCAUUUUUAAUAAAGAAUGAAACCAAUUAUUACAAGCACCACAAUCUUUUGGAGAAUCAAUUAACAUUAUGGAACACUGCUGGUGUAUAAUAUCUGCCAGGAAUCAUAAUUAAUCAAUAGGAUUAUUAAGGAUAAGUCACUGGAGCUAAUGUUUUUCUUGAUAUUUGUUAUAGCUUUUUAAUACCGCCUGCAUCUUGUGCCAAUUAUAUUGAUGGAUAAAUUUAGUAACAAGAUUCAUCAUCAAAUCUUUAUUUGACUAUAGGUAUUAUCAUAUUCGUCAUGAUCAUAUUUUUUAUGCUUCUAUUUUGUGUUUAUACUAGAUUAAUCCAGAAAGAAUUUAAAGAGAGUAGUAAGGCAUAAGUAAAUGAAAUGGUGACAUAAUAUAUCUAAUUUUAUGAAUCCAAGGAUAAGAAGAGCAAAGAAGCUAUAUGA